UAACAAGGGUGUGGUGUGGGUAAGGGCUCUGAAAUUCAUGCCUUAGUUCCUAUUUCACUGUGUUAAUCUUACCCUGAGUUUGAGCUUCCUCCUCAUUGGUUGCAGUCCUUAACAGUAGAUAUUCUCCCCUCGAGGUGUUUUAUUCCCAGUCCCUGAUUGGAAUAGGGACAGUGGAUUCCCAGAAUGUUGCUGAUCAUUGUCUUCAUCUCCCUAUGUUUUUCCUGGGUCUCUCCCGGUAAGUACAGAAUUCAGCUUUCCAUCCUCUCUCUCUCUGUCUCUCUCUCUCUCUCUCUCUCUCUCUCUCUCUCUGUCUCUGGGGUGAAUGUGAAUCUCUUGGUGAGAGUUUGAAAUCGGGGCUGUUUGACCAGCCGCCUGUAAUACAGCCAGCCUGAUAUUUUACACACUGAAGGAAGCGCAGUCUGGGAGACUCUGAUGGGAUUUGUAUCCAGGUCUCCUCACACCAGGAUGUGGAAACUCUAACAUCAGAGAAGCUCAGAGCAAAUAGAAAAUGAUUCGCAUGGACAAUUUUAAUUUUCACAUUGAUUGGGAAAUGCCCAACAGCUUCAUCGCUCGUGGCCUGAAUCUUGUAAACACUACAGGGAGGAGAAGGAUACUCCAUGUUUAACCCACCCCAUACUCAGCUGUGAUGCCUACAUAAUUGAAUAGGUCAGGUUAUCUCAGACACCAGCAUGCUACUGGCUGUGUAUAAAGGGGUGGUUAAAUAGCUCAGUGAAACACAGUGGGGAUCCUGCUCUGCAUUGUCCAUCCCCCCUGUUUGACAGAGAGACUGUUAACACAGUGACUGUCCCCCAUGGUCUCACACUUCAUCCUCCCAAAUAUUCUAGUUUCUCUUCAUUUCAGUCAGAACUCACUCCACAUCUUUCCUGAUUAUGGCGAUAAACUGUAGACUUGUCCUUGCGUUUUCCUGAGUUUCUCACUCGAGAUGUUGUCCGGUGAGGAGGGUCUCCUCGAUAUCUUUCUCUCUAUGUUCCCUAACUACGGUUUUAGUUUGGUGAUAGACUGAGUGUAUUCCAGACAGCUGUUCCUGGUUAGUGAUAGACUGGGUGUGUUCCAGGCUCCUGCUCCAGGUUAGUGAUCUUCUGUUUAACACAUCGAUCCCUGGAUUGUGCCUGUGUCUACAUUUGCUCAGUUGAUUAUCUGAGUAUCUGAUUCUGUGUUUAUUCUGUUCUGAGAGGCUGCAGCAUUUUGACCCAGUUCAAUCUGUUUCUGUUCAUAAUAUCAGACAGGAUUCUGACAAUGUGAUAAAGUGGUGGAUAUUUGAAGAUUCUCACUAUGUAAAUAGAUCCUCACUUUCAUCAGGCUCAUCAAUGUUCACUAACAUGUCUCUUCAAUUUGUUUUCAGAUAUUAGCAAAUUUGAAGUCUUCCACAUGGCUGUGCAUGGAAUCACUGACUUUACCAAGGUUACAAGUGUUGGGAUUAUUCAUGGCAUCCAAGUCAGCUAAUCAGCCAGUGAUAUCCAUCAGUGCAUUCCCAGGCAACAGUUUUUAAUCCAAUUCAUUCAAUGUGGAAUACUGGGAACAUCUCACAAGUAUAGCAAUCAGAUGCUCAGAAACAGUGAUGGAGAAUCUGAAUAUGAUAAUGGAGAUUGCAAAUCGGUCAAUUUGAAAGAUCAGUGACACACAAUCCCCCACUGACUGUCCUGUUUAAUGGUGCCAGACAGCUACACAGCUAUCAUUAUAUGGCAGACUGUGAAAGGGUGGGAUGUGGUGUGUGGGACACCAUGAAUCUGUUCAUCUCCCAGUACUGACACCUGGGUCACUCCACACUGUCCAUCCCCCAGCACUGACCCCUGGGUCACUCCACACUGUCCAUCCCCCAGCACUGACCCCUGGGUCACUCCACACUGUCCAUCCCCCAGCACUGACCCCUGGGUCACUUCACACAGCCCAUCCCCCAGCACUGACCCCUGGGUCACUCCACACUGUCCAUCCCCCAGCACUGACCCCUGGGUCACUUCACACAGCCCAUCCCCCAGCACUGACCCCUGGGUCACUCCAAUCAGUCCAUCCCCCAGCACUGACCCCUGGGUCACUCCACACAGUCCAUCCCCCAGCACUGACCCCUGGGUCACUCCACACUGUCCAUCCCCCAGCACUGACCCCUGGGUCACUCCAUUCAAAUCAUCCCCUGACAUCAUUCACUAUUGGAUUUGCUGUUCCAUUUCCAUUUAAUACCAGAUCUCAUUUGUCACUGUUCAGACUGUGACUCUAAUCCCCCAUUUCUAGCUGAUCCUAGGUCAGCUUUCACCUCUGAUCAACCAGUUUGUGAUUUUCUAUUAAUUAUUGCUGAUUGAUGCCCGUUUGGUCACUGACAGGAAUUCAUACUCUCCAAUGGAUACCUUCUGUUGAGGUCAGUGAUGACGGCUCCAUGAAGAGAUCGAUGAGAUUUGGAUUGGAUGGAAAGGAUUUCAUUAGUUUAGAGCCAGACAGAAUGGGAUGGAUUGCAUCAAAUCGCAUCGCAGUGAAACUGAAAGAAAAGUGGAAUUCUGAUGCAUCCUGGAACAAGUUCUGGAAAAUAAGUUUAGAAGAAGAAUUUGUCCUGACUUUACAUUCAUGUCUGCAAUCUGGAAACGACUAUUUCAAAAGAAAAGUUCAGCCUGAAGUGUUCAUCUCCAGGAGUGAGCCCAAUUGUCAGGACAAACCACUCACCCUCUCCUGCCUGGUCACUGGAUUUUAUCCUGUAGACAUCAAGGUGACCUGACUAAGGAACGGAGAGGUCAUGUCCGAGACACAAUCCUCGGGGAUUCGACCGAACCAUGAUGGGACCCAUCAGAUCCAGAAAGAGAUUGAAAUCAGUGCGGGGAAUGAGGAUCGAUAUUCCAGUCGAAUUGAACACAGCAGCCUGGCAGAGGCCAAGUUCUAUCAGUGGGAAAUCCCAGAAAGCAAUUGGAAACUCACUCAUCUUGGAAGUCUCAUUGCAUCAAUAAUCAUUCCACUGGUUGUUGCUGUUCAGAUAAUGAGAAUAAUCAUCUGGAAAAGAGUCACCAAGUGGGGCCUACACAGCAGCUCACAAUUACAGAUUCCUGAAGUGGAGAUCUUGAAGACUGUUGAGGAUACGACCAAGCUUCCCUUAAACAAUGAGGAAGCACAAAGUGAUGUUUAUUUAACAUAUGUUCACAGUUCAAUGAUUGAUAAGUAG